CUCCGGUAAGUGUUGAGGGAGGGACCUGCUGCUCCUGCUUUAUCCUCCAUCCCGGACACGCGCAGCUCCCGCGAGCCUCAGGUACAGAGAGCUCCUGCACUCCCGGUCUCCAGUGCUGUUCCGCAGCCUGCCAUGAGCUACUACAUGCAUCAGGUUUCGUCUUACCAGCCCCAUCACCCGACUGACCGUCUGGGCACGAUGGCUGGUGGGGUGGCAGUUUCCAUGGUAACACCGACUCAUCUCCCAGGGAUGGGCCACCUCCAGCACACACCCCCUGCCAGACCCACAUACGCCCAUGACAUCACACUGCAGGAGGUGCCCAAUGGCCCAGAGCUCGGCCCCAAUGAUCUGGAAUGUGGGGAUGUUCCCCUGCUGACUCCGGGGAGCAAAGAAAUGAUGUCACAGGCUCUGAAGGCCACCUUCAGCGGCUUCACCAAGGAGCAGCAGAGACUCGGCAUCCCCAAAGACCCCAGGCAGUGGACAGAGGGCCACGUGCGAGAAUGGCUGACAUGGACGGUAAAUGAGUUCAGCCUGAAGAAUGUGGACUUCCACAAGUUCUGCAUGAACGGAGCCAGCCUUUGCGGACUGGGCAAGGACCGCUUUCUGGACCUGGCACCUGACUUUGUGGGGGAUAUCCUAUGGGAACAUUUAGAGAUGCUGCAGAAAGAAGACCCCAAGCAUUUCCCUGUCAACGGCCUGACCUCUAGUUUCCAGGAAUCUCGCUAUACCUCAGACUACUUUGUCAGUUAUGGCAUUGAACAUGCCCAGUGCGUGCCCCCCUCAGAGUACUCAGAGCCUGGCUUCAUCACAGAGUCCUACCAGACCCUUCACCCAAUCAGCUCAGAAGACCUGCUGUCACUCAAAUACGAGAGCGAGUACUCCAAUGUGAUUCUGCGGGACACACCCCUCAACCCGCUGCAGGGGGAUUACUUCUCGAUGAAACAGGAAGUCGUGUCGCCUGACAACAUGUGUGUAGGGCGCAUCAGCAGAGGUAAGCUGGGAGGCCAGGAUUCAUUUGAGAGCACAGAAAGCUUUGAAAGUUGUGACCGUCUGACGCAGUCGUGGAGCAGCCAGUCAUCAUUCAACAGUCUGCAGCGCGUGCCUUCCUAUGACAGCUUCGACUCAGAGGACUAUCCCACAGCCCUGCAUGGCCACAAGCACAAGGGCACCUUCAAAGACUACGUCCGAGAGCGCUCUGACCUCAGCAAGGACAAGCCAGUCAUCCCCGCCGCCGCCCUCGCUGGCUACACGGGUAGUGGACCCAUCCAGCUGUGGCAGUUUUUGCUGGAGCUCCUUACAGACAAAUCCUGCCAGUCGUUCAUCAGCUGGACAGGAGACGGCUGGGAGUUUAAACUCUCUGACCCCGAUGAGGUGGCACGAAGAUGGGGCAAGAGAAAGAACAAGCCCAAGAUGAACUAUGAAAAGCUGAGCCGCGGCCUGCGCUACUACUACGACAAAAACAUCAUCCACAAGACGUCCGGCAAGCGCUACGUGUACCGCUUUGUGUGCGACUUGAAAAGCCUGCUGGGCUACACACCUGAAGAGCUCCACGCCAUGCUGGACGUCAAGCCCGACACGGACGAGUGAAAAACUAAGAAACAACAACAAGAAAAAAACUAACUGGGCGGAUUUGGGGCACAAGAGACUUUUUUUAAAAAUUCCUCUGACGUCCUGGUAACCGUUGGGUGUCCAGUUUGGGUCCAGUCACAUCCUGUCUUAAUACCUAGUCGUGGUCCAGUUUUUUUUUUUUUUUUGUAUUUGAGCUCAUGACUGCAGCCGCCGCAAAAAGGACGCAUUCCAAAACAAAACUUUUACCAAAGUUCCUUAGUCUGUAGUGUGAAUGUCUAUUGUAUCCAUAUGCAGCUCAGAACGGGAAGAAAAGAAAAAAAAACUGGGAGUUUUGAGUAGAACCGCUGUUUUUUUUUUGACCCAGCAGCACCAACAACAGACUGCUAGAGAGGGGGAGGGACCAGGGAAAGAAUGAAGGACUCGUUCCUGAAAGGGACAUUGGAUGGAUGGGAAGUUCCUGUUAUUAAAUAAUGUUGCCAAAAUUAGAGAGAAAAGGAACUUCGCAGAAAUAUUUACUAUUAAGUUACUCACUGUCACUGUCCCCCCUUGCGUAAGGCACGGACAGAGUUCUCAGAUGGACCGCAGAAUUUAACAGCAACAAAAAAAAAAAAAAGUAUUUUAUUUUUUUAUUUCUUUUUUUCUGAUAACACGUUUGUGCCAGUAUUAUUUCUUGAGUUUCACGGCUCAUGUGUGUAAGAUGAAGGGUUGAUAAUGCCAAACCGAUUCAAAUAACCCCCACCCUACUUUGGUAAAGUAAAAGAUGGUUGUUUUCUCUCUUUGCACAUAACUCUCAACUGAAAUCUCUGACUCGGUCAGCAGACGAUACUAGACUGUUUUUUUUUUUUUUUUUUACUCAUGCAGUUCGUUUAGAAGGGCUGCUUCGCACUCAAACCGAGAAUGGGUGACAGACACAACCGAAAGUAGCCGUUUUCUGCUCAACGGUGGCAGGCUUGCGAACACACCCCGCCUUCGGCUUAUGAGCAGAAGUGUUUCGGUUCUAACCGAGCGCGACACAGGCAGCUGUCGAGCACUGCCCGCCUCACAACUGCUUUUUUUUCUAACCUCUUAUGUUCGGACAAAGGACUUCAAGCAUCUCUUGCCUUAGUUUAAGUCUGUUGCGACACUUCCGCCGACUUUCUUUGUUCUUUGUUGUUAUUUUUGUGAUAGUUCCCUUAGAUCUUUCCCUUUAGAGCGGCAAAUGGUAUAAAAGCAUGUCUGUAGUCUCACUGUCUAUCACGUGUAGAGCGAAGAGCACGUAAAGUCUAGCACAUUGGAAUUGUCAUUUAACUGGGGGAUUCUCCUGCGCCUUGGAGACAGACUGUUGUGACUGAAUCUGCAUUCGUUUGUGGAGAAAAGACUAAAGAUGUCACCACGUGUAGUCAGGCUGACAUGCUCGGAGCAGGAGCGAUUGACCACUGGAACGAACUUUGCACGAUAUACUUUGAGGAGCAUGAUCAGGGGAAAGUCUGAAGAGUUGAAUUUGAACGAAUCAUCAUUAUUCUAGAUGGCUCAAGAAAGUAGGGGGUGGCUUUUGACUGUUUUCAGGACAACGUGGCGUUGCGUUAAAGAAAGUAGCAGAUGAUAUUGUUGCUGUUGCUUUAGCUUUGUAUGCGAGUGGUAUAGUCUUAGCAUUAGCAAGGAGCUAUAGGUCAUAAGCAGAGAUUUUAAUGUGCAAGAACUGAAGAUAAAGCGACAGUGAGAGGCGAUGAUGCUUAGCUUUUGUCUUUUAUUCCAGCUUCUUUGGCGGUUUUAGGCAUCUGGUUCACGUUGCCGUCUUUGUUUUUUAAGCCGCAGCAGUCGCGUUCCUGUGUGGGAAGAGCUCAGUACACCAGGGCCUUGUGGGAAAAGCCAAAGUCAAGAAGUAUCAUCUAGGAAAAAAAACAAAUGUUAUUGUUUACAGUGGUGGAACGUUAUGCCGUCUUAACAGGGCAGUUUCUGAACUGUCUAUUUGUACAGAUUGCAUUUCAUAACUCUUUAUUAAAAGACCUAGAUUGAACAAAUAAGCCACGGUCAAAGCAGUAAUAACAUUCAAACUCAUGUGAGGUCCCGGAGCCCAAAGCUCCGGAGCUCGUCCCUCCUGCUGAAGGACUGGGCGGACAUCAUUAACUUCAUCCCUUUUUGUCUGCUGUCUGUUAUCUGUUAUCGUGAACUGGAUAAAUGUGUUCAGUGCGGAUGGAGUCGGGUACCAACACAAUAACAGGUCGGGCAUUGCAGAGUAUGCAUGAGCUUCGUCUAAAGACAGAUCUAGAAAAGCAGAGUGUUUGACGAGAUAUCGCCAAGGAUCUUCUGGGCAAGUUUCGUUAUGGUUACUCCAUCUGGAAGAGAUGUUACAUAGCAAGAAAUUCACCCAUGUUCGUACUUCUUUCCUUAAAUCAUUCUUCAUAACAUAACAUACUGCCUUUUUCUUUAUCUUACUCAACAGAGAUCACGUUAAAUAUCACGUCUAUCUUUGGUAUCAAGAGAUUUCAGAUUCACACACGCAUAAACUUUGUAAUGAGGGCAUAUCACGAAACCAUUAAUGAGGAAACCUUUUUUUUCUUUCCUUUCCUGUCCUUCUUCUUCUGUUUUUUUUUUUGUACAAUUUAUAAUGUUUGUUUUUUUAUCCUUUGUUAAAUGAGAAUUUUAAUGUAUUUAGUUCACAAACAUUUGAAUAUUUUUCAAUAAUUUAUAUUUUAUAAACUUUGAAAUAUGAGAUGCAGACAGCUGGUGCUUUCAUGGGAAAACUGAGGUAGCGCAGGACCAAAUGUAGCGAGUUUUCUUUGUUUUUUUUUAGUUUUGUUUGUUUUUUUGUUUGUUUUUUUUAUACGGAAAAAAAGUUGAUAUGAAAUUUAAAGACCUGUCUGCUUAUACGGUUAUAUAAAGAAAAGGCUGAUGCUGGCCCAUCAUUAAGUUCUGCUGGAGAGUUUUAUAAACGGUAGCUUCUAUUUCUUAUUGUACUUCAAAUUGUUACGUUAUAAAAUGUACGUGAAAGAAAAA